CUUUCGCCACCUCCGCGCGCCAUCCAGGUGGCCCCGCGAUCCCCUGUCGCCCUGGGGUCCGGUCGCCGGGUGGCCCAGACCUGUUUCCUCCACCCCCACCCCACCGCGUCCCCGAUGGCCUGCGACCCCUGGCGGAGGGACGAAGGGAAGGUCCCCGACAGCAGGCGGCCCAUGGCGGGGGCCGGGGGUCCCCUGCGCCUCCGCGACUGGCUGGUGGCGCAGAUUGAGAGCGGGCGCUACGCCGGGCUGCGCUGGGAGGACGCGGGCAAGACCCUCUUCCGCAUCCCCUGGAAGCACGCAGCCAAGCAGGGCUACCGGGCGCAGAAGGACGCGGCGCUCUUCAGGGCCUGGGCCAUAUACAAGGGCAAGCACCUGGAGGGCAUUGACAAGGAGGACCCCUCCACCUGGAAGACGCGGCUCCGCUGUGCCCUCAACAAGAGUGCCGACUUCUGUGAGGUGCGUGAGCGCAGCCAGCUGGACAUCUCCAACCCCUACAAGGUCUACCGGCUCAUGUCCAGUGGUGCCAAUGGCCCAGUUACCAGGGCUUGUGCUUCCCAUAAAGAGGAAGACAUUCUCCAGAGCCAGCAAAAGCCCCCUGGAGAAGUGACAGAGCCGGCCUGCAGGACAAACCAGACCCUUUCUCCUGAUGCUCAGGAUGGCUCCAGAUUAGCAACAGAGGAUAAGAACGAGAAGCGGCCCCCCAGGCUGGCCCAGCAGGGCUCCCUGCCGCCAGCUGCCCUGCUCUCAGGCCCCUUGGCUGACCACAGGUACCAGGCCCAGGAACCUGCACACCCUUGGGACCCCUUACCCUCUGACGACUUCAGCAACCCUGAUUGCUGGCUGCACGUGCGGCUCUUCUACGGCGCGGAGCUGGUGCGUGAAGCCACGGCGCGCACGGCUGAGGGCUGCCGCCUGAGCCCGCGCGCAGCCGCCGCGGCCGCCGAGCGCCUGCUGGGGCCGCCGCCGCGCGUCGCGCAGGUUCGCUUCCCGGAGCCGCCGCCCGAAGCCCGAGUGCUGCAGCGCCUGCUGCCCCACCUGGAGCGCGGCGUGCUGCUGUGGGUGGCGCCCGAGGGCGUCUUCGCCAAGCGCCUGUGCCAGGGCCGCGUGUACUGGCGCGGCCCGCUCGCCCCGCACCGAGCGCGGCCCAACAAACUGGAACGCGAGCACACCUGCCAGCUGCUCGACACGCGCCGCUUCCUCGCGGAACUGCGCGCCCACCUGCAGGAUGGUCGCCCAGAGCCUGAGUACCAGAUCCGGCUGUGCUUUGGCGAGGAAUACCCGGGGCCCCCGGACCAGCCCGAAGAGCGGCUCAUCAUGGCCCACGUGGAGCCAGUCUUCGCCCGCGAGCUCCUCCUACAUUCGAAGCGCCACGGCCAGUUGCCUCAGUGGCGGGUCCCCAGGCCCGCAUCCCCGACAGCGUCACUCACCUGCUGAUACAGCUGAGUCAACCCUAAGCGGCUGCUU